AUGAAGACACUAAUGAUGGCGCAACACACACCAUCACUACUUUUGAUGCUUCUCCUGUGUACUCUAUCUGCUAACGCAUCAUUUCAGCCAGCUCUGGUAUUAGAAAUGGCCAAGAUUCUUCUGGAAAAUUACUGCUUCCCUGAGAACCUGGUUGGGAUGCAGGAGGCCAUUCAACAAGCCAUCCACAGUGGAGAAAUUCUGCAGAUUUCAGACAAAAAGACCCUAGCAGCUGUGCUCACAGUGGGGGUCCAAGGAGCACUGAAUGAUCCGCGGUUGACUGUCUCAUAUGAGCCAAAUUUUGUCCCAGUGAUGCCACCAGUUCUGCCAUCUCUCCCAAAAGAUCAGCUGAUCCGGCUGGUGAGAAACUCUGUCAAGAUGGAUGUCCUAGAAAACAAUGUUGGCUAUCUGCGGAUGGAUCGGAUCAUUGGGGAGGAGACAGCAGCUAAGCUUGGCUCUCUGCUGCGGGACAACAUCUGGGACAAACUUGCUCGCACAUCCUCACUAAUCUUUGAUCUGAGGUACAGCACAGCUGGAGAACUGUCUGGAGUUCCGUUUAUAAUCUCCUUUUUUGCAGACCCUGAGCCACUCAUUCAUAUUGACACUGUGUACGACAGGCCCUUGAAUAAAACCAGAGAGCUGUGGACUAUGCCAUCGAUAAUAGGAGAAAGGUAUGGAAAGAAGAAGGAUGUGAUUAUUUUGACCAGCAAGCGCACCAUGGGAGCUGCUGAGGCCGUUGCAUAUACACUAAAAAAUCUAAAGAGGGCAAUCACAGUAGGAGAAAGGUCUGCUGGUGGAUCAGUGAAAGUCCAAAAGAUUAGGAUUGCUAAAUCGGAGUUCUAUAUAACAGUUCCUGUGGCAAGAUCGGUCAGUCCAAUCACAGGCCAAAGCUGGGAGGUCAGUGGUGUUUCCCCGACGAUCAAUACUGUUGCCAAGGAAGCUAUCGCGAAGGCCAGAUCGCUUCUGGCUAUCAGGAGUGCCAUUCCCAAGGUUGUGCAAAGUAUCUCCGACAUAACUGAGAGGUUGUACGCUUUCACUGACAGAGUUCCAGCUCUUAUUCAAUGUCUGCAAUCUACAGAUUUAUUCUCUGUUGUAUCUGAAGAGGAUCUAGCAGUCAGACUCAACCAUGACCUCCAGAUUGUGUCUGAAGAUCCAAGACUGAUCAUCAGAUUCAUGCAAGACAAUGCCGCCAUCGCAGAGGAGGACCCUGAGCUUUAUGAAGUUCCAGAUGAUCCCAGAUUAUUACAGGACUACAUUGAUCAAAUGUUCAAAGUGGAAAUUCUCCCUGAUAACACUGGUUAUCUUCGCUUUGACAAGUUUGUUAAAUCAUCUGCAGCUAAACUAGAAGAGCUCAUGGCUAAAAAGGUAUGGGAACCCCUCAAAGAUACUGAUAAUCUAAUUAUUGAUCUACGCCAUAACACUGGUGGAUCCUCUACAUCUCUAGCCCUGAUAUUAUCUUACCUGCAGGACACUUCUCAGAAGCACAACUUUUUCACAAUAUAUGACCGAAUUCAGAACACAACAACAGAACAUGACUCUCUGCCCAAAAUUACAGGCCCGACGUACGGCUCCAAGCGUGAAGUUUAUGUGUUAACCAGCUACUACACGGCAAGCGUCGGUGAAGAGUUUGCUUACCUGAUGCAGUCCUUACAUCGAGGCACAGUCAUCGGGGAAAUUACAUCUGGCACCCUGAUGCACUCAAAGACCUUUCAAAUACAAGGGACAGAUAUUGCCAUCACUGUUCCUUUCAUAAACUUUAUAGACAACAAUGGGGAAUUCUGGCUGGGAGGUGGUGUGGUCCCUGAGGCCAUCGUGCUGGCGGAGGAAGCUGUGGACCAUGUUCAUGAGAUUGCACAGUUUCACAGAGGACUCCGGUCCCUCAUAGAAGGUGCUGGGGAAUUGUUAGAAAAGCACUAUGCAGUCCAUGAAGUGGCACUACAGGCUAGCAAGGUGCUGUUAACUAAAUGGGCUGAUGGACUAUACCGGUCAGUGGUUGACUUUGAAUCUUUGGCAUCUCAAUUGACAGCAGAUCUCCAAGAGACUUCAGGUGAUCACCGCCUCCAUGUCUUCCAUUGCGACGUUGAGCCUGAGUCACUUCAUGAGAUCCCAAAGAUCCCUACAGCAGAAGAAGUUGGAUAUAUGAUCGAUGCUCUGUUUAAAAUUGAGCUUUUGCCAGGUAACGUUGGCUAUUUAAGGUUUGACAUGAUGGUGGACAUAGAAGUGGUCAGAGCCAUCGGGCCUCAACUCCUAAAACUGGUGUGGAGCAAGAUAGUAAACACUGAUGCCCUCAUUAUUGACAUGAGGUACAACAGUGGUGGUUAUUCAACAGCAAUUCCCCUCUUGUGCACAUAUUUCUUUGAUGCUAAACCUUUGAUACAUCUUUAUACUGUUUUCGAUCGCACAACAGACACCAUGACAGAAGUCAUGACGUUCCCUAAUGUCAGGGGUCAAAGAUAUGGAUCCUCCAAGGACCUCUUCAUCCUCACCAGCCAUAUGACUGGGUCAGCAGCCGAAGUGUUCACGCGUGCUAUGAAGGACCUAAAUCGGUCCACAGUUGUCGGAGAGCCAACAAUCGGAGGGUCUUUAUCAAGUGGAACCUAUCAGAUCAGGGACAGCGUCCUGUACGCUUCCAUCCCUAACCAGGUUGUUCUGAGCGCCAUCACUGGAAAAAUGUGGAGCUUUUCAGGGGUUGAGCCUCAUGUUAUUGCUCAGGCAAAUGAUGCUCUCUCUGUAGCGCAAAGAAUCAUAGCAGCAAGGCUGUUGAAGAAAGAGCAAGAAUUUACCAGCAGAGGGAGCAAGCACCAAACAAACCUAAAGCUGCCCUCCCUGUUCGCUUCACAACUGAGCACAACUACUGCUAUCAACCAUGACCAGUAUCUUUGGCAACAUCUUCUUGUUACUACACCCACUUGGCUUGGUUGUUGUUGCCUUACAGAAGCACUUAGGAUAAUACGAUUAGAGGUUUUUUGUGGACUAAAUCCUCUUAAGUGUGUGCUAACAGAAACCUUGCAGUCAAAACAGUGCCAUUUGACAAAGAACCUCUUUGGAGAAGGAGGUUCAACUCAACAGCUUCUACUUCUCACUACUCACUUUUUUCUGACUAAACUGGCAAACAUGGCAAAGUCUCACUUGCUGGUGACAUCUCUGCUAGUUUUUGGAAAUGUUUUCUUUAUUCAUGCCGAAUUUUCCCCCAGCCUCAUCGUGGAUAUGGCAAAAAUUGUCAUGGACAAUUACUGCUCACCAGAGAAGCUGGCAGGGAUGAAGGAGGCAAUUGCAGCUGCAAGCAGCAACACAGAGGUUCUCAACAUCCCAGACGCCGAAUCCUUGGCUAAUGUCCUCAGUUUUGGAGUCCAGGGCACAAUCAGUGAUUCACGCCUGAAAGUCUCCUACGAACCAAACUAUGUUCCUGUGGUUCCCCCGAAGAUGCCUCCCCUGCCCCCUGAGCAGCUCAUCGCCGUCCUCCAGACCUCCAUCAAGCUCGACAUCCUGGAAGGCAACAUUGGCUACCUGAGGAUUGACCACAUCCUUGGGGAGGAGGUCGCAGAGAAGGUUGGCCCUUUGCUUUUAGAUCUUGUCUGGAACAAAAUUCUGCCUACUUCAGCUCUGAUCUUUGACUUGCGCUACACUGGCAGCGGGGAGAUCUCAGGAAUCCCCUACAUUGUGUCUUACUUCACCGACGCUGAGUCUCCAAUUCAUAUUGACAGCAUUUAUGAUCGUCCCUCAAACACCACCACGAAGCUGUUUUCUAUGCAGUCACUGCUGGGACAGAGAUACGGCAUCACCAAACCACUUGUUAUCCUCACCAGCAAAAACACCAAGGGCAUUGCAGAAGAUGUUGCCUACUGCCUCCAGAACUUGAAAAGAGCCACCAUAGUGGGUGAGAAGACCGCCGGGGGUUCAGUGAAACUCGAUGAAUUCAAAGUGGGUGACACUGACUUCUAUGUUACUGUGCCAACUGCGAAGUCCAUCAAUCCCAUCACUGGCUCUACCUGGGAGGUCACAGGGGUGACUCCAGAUGUGGACGUCAAUGCAGAGGAUGCUCUCGCUACCGCUAUCAAGAUUGUCAACCUGCGUGCCCAAGUUCCAGUCAUCAUUGAGGAAUCAGCGACCCUGAUUGCUGACAACUACGCCUUUGAAAAUAUCGGGGCAAUUGUUGCAACAAAAUUGAAGGAGAAUCUGGCAAAUGGCGAGUACAGCAUGGUUGUCUCCAAGGACAGUCUGGAGGCAAAGCUAUCCAGCGACCUUAGCACCCUUUCUGGGGACAAGAGCCUCAAGACUACCAGCAACACACCAGCCCUACCCCCAGUGGAUUAUUCUCCAGAGAUGUACAUUGAGCUAAUCAAAGUGUCCUUCCACACUGACAUAUUGGAAAACAACGUCGGCUACCUGCGUUUUGACAUGUUCGGAGACUUUGAGGAGGUCAAGGCCAUUGCUCAGAUUAUUGUUGAACACGUGUGGAACAAAGUUGUCAACACUGAUGCUAUGAUUGUCGACCUCAGGAACAACCUUGGUGGCCCAACAACAGCCAUUGCAGGCUUCUGCUCCUACUUCUUCGAUGCCGACAAGCAGAUUGUGUUGGACAAACUAUAUGACAGAUCAUCUGGCACCACCACAGAGCUCCUAAGUCUGCCUGAGCUCACUGGCACAAGGUACGGCUCCAAAAAAAGCCUCAUCAUUCUGACCAGCAAAGCUACUGCCGGUGCUGCAGAGGAGUUUGUUUAUAUCAUGAAGAAGCUCGGCCGCGCUAUGAUUGUUGGAGAGACCACCGCCGGGGGAUCCCACCCACCCAAGACCUUCUCUGUUGGUGAGACCAACAUCUUCCUCAGCAUCCCCACCGUCCACUCUGAUACUACCGCCGGACCAGCCUGGGAGGGAGCUGGGAUCGCUCCUCACAUUCCCGUCCCAGCCGAUGCUGCCCUCGAGACCGCCAAGGGCAUCUUCAACAAGCACUUUGCUGACCAGAAGUAAUCCUGAACAAAGUCAUGGGGGGGAUUCCACAGUCAGUUUUGCUUUGACAGCCAAAUGGUUUUCAGAUUUUAAAUGUAGGCUUGUUUGAGAAGUGAAGACUGUAGGAUAAGUACAAAGUGUAAUCUGCUAUUCAUUCUCUCAAUACCUAAGCCUUCUUAGUCUGUUGUAAUGUAGAGCAAAGGUCCAACAGGAUUUUCUGUAGUUUAUAUUUCUGUCAAAUGUUAAUCUGACUGUUGAAGGUUUUUAAGAAUGAAUAACACUGAAACGUCAAUGUGAUCAUUUUGAGAAGUACGAUUGUGUCAAAGACAAGCUGCAACAUCAUGCAACUUACAAAAAUUAUAUUUUUGAGAAGUCACACGCAAAAGAGUAGAAAAAAGCAAACACUUACAAAUAUGCUUUUGAGCAAAAUUUACUCUUCAUUUGUUAUGUUGGGUAUUCGGAAUUGGGACCUCUAUAAAGUGAUCAAUUUUUACAUGAAAUGUGAUCUCCUCUUUGAGGAUGGAAAAUGCUGUAUGUCUAUUUCGCAGUAAACUUCAUACCAUUUGGACCUACUUGGGUUGUAUCAAUUCCAGUGGUGAGAUACAAUUAAAAAAAACUAAAAUACACAAGUAAA